ACUACCAUGAUCGAGAGCCAGCCGCAGCGAGCAUUAUUCAUCCCAGAAACCUGUGAAUUCGUUGGACGUAAGCUGCGCCGUGUCCGAUGGCAAACUCCUAGCAAUAACCUGCAUGUUCCGGACAAAGUAGCAGGGGGCAGUUGGGACGACGAAAACAAUGAAGUCAGUAUUUGGCGUGUAGUUCAUGCCGGGAAGACUGACGCCGAUCGGUCUUCUACGAUGAUAUUAGGCAAGGAGGACGCAGUCAAGCUCGUCAAAUCUGCAUCAUUCCCCCUGUUCGCUGCCACGGAAGAUCUCAAGUUUCUGAGUAAUGACCAUCUACUGGUCAGCACUAGCACUGGAGAUGUGCAUUAUUUGGCGUACAGUGAAACGAGGGACGAGAUCCAAGAAAAAUGCGUAUUACAGCGACUCCACGAAGGAGCAUGUACCGCGGUUUCGCUUCUUAGUGACUGCAGUAUUGUGUCCGUUGGAACCGAGGGGCACUUGCAGGUGACAGACCUGAACAGUGCAAAGAUGCUGCUACGCAUAGGCGAAGAAGCGUUUCAGUGCAACGAUGGCUUUUCCAGCAUGCAGGUGAUCAGCGCUGGGCUGGUGAUUACUGGAAACUAUAUGGGUCAGAUACAGGUCUGGGACUUACGUGUUCGGACCAACAAGGCCCAGACGGUUGACACGGCCAGGCACGGUUCUGUCUUGAGUAUGUGCUACAAUCCGAGUCAACCUCAUGUGCUUGCAUGCGGUACCGCGUGCGGAGCAGUCGACUUUUAUGACCUCCGACAAGACCUUUGUGUAACCUCGUCUCUGUCUCUGCACAAGAGUUUUGUGUGGGAGGUAAAGUUCCAUCCGACAUACCCGGCUAAUCUGUUCACGGCAUCUAACGACCAGACACUGCUGCACGUCAGUACUUCGUUUCUGCAGGACAAGAAAUUGUCUUCGCAAGUUAGUAAUCCUUGGCUACUUCCUGAUCUGGAGUUGAAGAUACGAACUGUUCCGUUGCUGCCAUUCAACGUCAUGUCCGUCAAUUCUGUGGACGUCGUGUUCAACAGUCUGGUCUGCUGCACUGAUAACGAGUCACUGUGGAUACUGAAACACCCACUGAUAUGUUGA